UAUCAUUUGGAAUAAUUAUCUUUUUCCACUGUAUAUAAGUGCAGAUGAGUGGAUGUUAUCCUUCAGUAGAAUUUAGUGAUUACGUUGAACACACAACAUGCCACGGUUCGGCUUCAUUUUCCUCAUUGCAGUGGUGAUGGCCUGCGUGAUGGGUGUCAAUUGUCAAGAUCGGGAACGAGAAUGUGGCCCGAAUGAAACGUGGAAUUCAUGUGGCAGUGGCUGCGGUGAAGCCACCUGCCAGAAUCCCCGUCCGACGAAAGGAGUUUACUGCCCAGCAGUAUGCGUCUCCGAUUGCUUCUGCAAUCGUGGGUGGAUCAGAAGCAGAACUGGGGGUCCCUGCGUUCGUCGCUGUUGAUUGGAAAUAUUUUUCCCUGUUCAGUAUUGUAAGGGCUAAGAUAUUUUAGUAAGCGCAGAACUCAUCGCUGCUGUUUAAAUGAUUUAUCAAUAAUUGAUAUCUCGGCGGUCCGCACGUACUUCUAUCCGUCGAUCUAUUGAUCCGGUUGCACUACUUGGAUAUUUUCAAACUAAUAAAAUCAAGAUAUUUUCAUUAAUUAUGUCUAUAAAAAUCCUGAGUCCUAAUUGUACUUCCCGGAAAAUAAAAACUGAACAGAUAAACGAUUUCAUUGUCAUGCGAUUACUUUGACUCACACAGUAUACAAUAGAUUUAUUCGAUUUAAUGGAAUAAAUUUAAAAGCAGGAAAAAAUUUUAAUUCUCCAAGAGAAAUUCCCAGAGACCGUCUUAGGGGAAUUAUCGGCAAAUAAUUUUUCCUCUUGGCAGAUUGUAACACAAAUAUAGUCGGUACGAUAACAAAUGUGUUUUCAAUUAUUCAUUGUGCCCUCUUAUCGCUCAGAAUAAUUAUCCUGCUCUUCUCUGGAUAUAAGUUCAGCAACAACACUCUCGUGAUUCAGUCCAAUAUUGUGAUCACAUUGAGCAUAACAUGUUACGUGUGGGGUUUCUCGUUCUCAUUGCUGUUGCAUCCAUCUACCUGACUGAUGUAAAUUGUCAGCAAUGUGGCGAAAAUGAAAUAUGGGUUGACUGCGGAAGUGGAUGUGGUGAAGACACCUGCCAAACUCCUCCUGCACAACCAGAUCGAGUCUGUCCAGCAGUAUGUCGUCCCGGUUGUUAUUGCGAUGGUGGUUGGAUUAGGCGUGAGCGGGGUGGACCCUGCGUUCGACGUUGCUGACUUCCAACAUUUCGUCAUGAUUAUCUCCGUUUUCCUUGAAGUCCUCGACCUAAUGGGGUGCAGUUGAAUAAAAAUUAAGACGAUCCUUGAUAAGACAGAUAUGGAAGAAGGAGAAAUUUGUAAAAGACACUUUUAUAAAAAAAUAUGUAACAUAAUAAAGUAUAUACUUAGAAUUA